CUAUCGCUUUGACAGAAAUAGUGUCAGUGCAUCACCUGUAGUGCUUAGUAUAUUUUUGAGGAUUACAUUUCAAAAGACUUAAAAUUAGAAAGCAUAAAUGAACAACUCCGUGGAUUAUUCCUAAGAAGUAAUACUAUUAAAAUGGCGGGAACUCAGUCAGAAAGAAAAAAAGAGGAGCGCAAACGAAAAAAGAAAGAGUGUGAGCAACGGCGAAGAGAUAAAAUCAAGUCUGAUCCCGUAGCAUACGAAGCAGCUAAAGCAAAAGAAAGAGAAAGGUGGCAGAAAAGGAAGGCUGAACAAAAAGUCAAGACUAUUGAGAAUAUGACACCAAGAGAACAAAGAAAGCAACGAGCUAUUUGGAGAAAAGAGUACAGAGCUAAACAACAAGUAAAGAAAAGACAAGAAAGUGCAAUGAGAGUUGCAGCUGAAAAUUCACCUCCAACUACAGAUGACGAAUCUUUGCAAGGAAACGUUCAUAAUUUGGAUCAUUCGCUAGAGUGUCCAUCACAGAUUUCAGGCUGUUCAUCACCGGCAUCUUCAACUAGCACCCGUCAGAAAGUUGUUGGAGAAAGACUCAAAAAGCGUAACUAUAGUCUACUAAAGCGUGUUAUUGAAAACCAACAAAAAACCAUCAAAAAGUUACAGAUUAAACUUAAUACACUUAGGGUUCAGAAAUCUCGAAAUGCUGUAAGAAUUUCGCAAAGGGAUAAAGAAAUAUUACCAUCAAGAGCUAGAAUUGUGGAUCGAUCUAAAGUUACAACUGCCAUGAGAAAGAAAGAUGUAUUGAAGUUUUUGGAAUCUGAUGAAAAUAGCAGAAUAAUGCCCGGAAAGAAAGAUACCAUUACCCGCAAUCAAGUAAAAAAACAAAGACGCCUACUAUCAGAUACUUUACGUAAUCUCUUUGAAAAGUUCAUAUCUCUUGGUCAUCCUUAUAAGAUUAAUUACCCAACUUUUUGCCGUCUCAAACCAUUUUGGAUUCUAGAACCAAAUAUAUCUAAAAGAGAAACAUGUUUGUGCAGUACUCAUGAGAAUUUUCAGUUUAUAAUUGACAAGUUACAUAUUUCUAAGUUGAUUCGCGAGAAAACUUCAAAUGACAUUGCAAAAAGUGUAACAUGUUCGACAGAUAAUGAUGAAUGCAUGAUGAGAAAUUGUCCAAUUUGCUGUCAUAAAGUUCCCGCAUUAAAUACCUUCGAAGAUGGCCUCAUUUCUUAUAAAAAGUGGACUAAGGUCAGCGAGCAACGGAUCAUCUCAGGAGUUGCAAAAAAAGUUUCUAGAACAAUAAAAAAAGAUAUAUCCACAACGAAAGUAAAACUUAUUACUGAAAUGAUAAAUUUGUUGCCAAAAUUUUUACAACACAAACAUGCAUGGAAUCAGCAAGCAAAAACAAUGUCUGAUUUGAGAAAACAACUCCAAGAUGGGGAAGUUCUCAUUCACAUGGACUUUUCAGAGAAUUACAUGUGUAAAUAUAGUAAAGAGAUACAGUCUGUGCAUUUUGGCGCUUCUCGCCAGCAAAUUACUUUACACACAGUUGUGACUUACCAUAAAUCACCUACAACUGGUGAUAUUGUAGCAAAAUCGUUCUGCAGUUUGUCCGAAUCCCUUAGGCAUGAUGCAUGUGCAGUAUUUGCUCAUCUCAAAGGAAUAUUAUCUCGCCUUUUAGUAUUUACUCCAAUAAAUAUUUUGCACAUCCUAACAGACAGUCCAUCUACCCAGUACCGUAAUAAAAAAAUGUUCUAUUUAUUUGCAAAUCAUUUAGUAGAACACUACAGCUUGCAAAAAGCUAGCUGGCAUUUCCAUGAAGCGGGGCAUGGAAAGGGUGCCCCAGAUGGGAUAGGUGCUUAUGUGAAAAGGACGGCUGAUCGUCAUGUUGCUCUCGGAAAAGAUAUUAAAGAUCUAGAGGCAUUAUACAAAACCCUCACUGCAGUAGAAACAAAAGUAGACGUAUUUUUAGUAAAAGAAGAAGAAAUUAGCGUUGCCGAUGAACUUUUGUCUAAAAUACCAGAGCUAAAAACGAUAAAAAACACAAUGCGUGUCCAUCAAAUUUAG